AUGUAUCAAACGUUGUUAAUUUCAUCAUUUUUCAUCAAUUUUAUUUGUGCCACUGAAAAGAUUCCCUCAAACCAUGAAAAUGAACACAGAUUGGCGGUCGGAACAGUGGAUGAGAAAAUAAAUAAGAUAUCGGCAUCCGCGGUCAAGCCUUGGCAACAACACUUCUGGAGACCCCGCAAAACUCCACACAACAUUACGUUUAUUGACAAAGCAGAAAAUCUGAUUCGACUACCAUCGAUGAGUAAAUACUACGAAGCUAAGAAGUCCAAAAGCAAAACACUAAAGAAAUCGCCAAAACGGACUAUACAGAAGAUUAUAAAGAAGAACCGGUCGAAUAAAAUAAAGAAGCUGUAUAUCAUGAAGAUGACGAGUGCAACAGUGGUUCCGAAGUCUAAUGAGUACGCUCAAGAUGACUAUGCACAGAGAAAGGAUGAUACGACGACACAGUCCAAUCAGAGAAAGAGAAUGAAGAAGUACAACACUAGGCUGCCACGAUACCAGAAGCCUUUCCAUCAAAUGCUUAAGAACUUCAAGAGAAACAAGAGGCAAGCAAGAGAUCUAUUCAUUUUGAAAGAUUUGGACGAAAUGCAGUUUUUGACGGAAAAGAAAGAUUACAAUGUAGUAAAUGCUCAUUAUAAGAAGUACUGGUAG